AUGAUUUAUCUCAAGCGGCUUUUCAAUAAGUCUAAGCCUAACCAAGUUGAAUAUGUAGAAGCUUCAAAGCCUGAUAUAAGAGUUCAAGAAAAUUUUGAUGUGAAAUCAUUAUCAAAGGAUAAGGUUAAAGAAAUCUUGGAAUCUCAAUUAUCCACUCAAUACACAGAAUCUGAGCAAAACCAUAAUAUCAUAUCAGAAGAGAUAAGACAGGUAAAUACAAUUCGUGAAAUUGAUGACCGCAUAAAGCAACUUGAAUUUUUUUUAGAAAUAGCAAACCAUGGGCUUUAUUUGCAAGUGAUGAAUAAUUAUGACAAAUUUGGUAAUUUCUAAGUAGUAAAUGGAAUGGAAAACAUCCAACUUAUCUCAAACUUAUUAUCCACAAGCAAGCUUCUUUCUCAAAAAAGCAGAUCAGAUAUAUCAUCUCUCCAAACAUCUCUGCUGGCUAAAACCCUUAAGCUAGUUUAUUUAUCCAAAAAGAAAAGCAAGCUCCGGGGUCUUAUAGAGGAAUUAGAUCAUUUUGGUGAAAUAUGCUUCUCCACAAGCCUCAGCAUUAAGCAAGCUAUCAAAGAAGGAAAUUUAUAUAAAGCUUUGGAGUUAUGCAACGAAGCAAGUGAAAAAUUGAAAACAGUUGACGUUUCAAAAUAUGAAGGAUUAAAAAGCAUUCAAGCCACUUCUGAUAAAAAGCGGGGCAAAGUCUACUUGAAAAUGAAAGAAGGCUUACGCCAGCUUUGUCAAAGGUUUGAAAUGAAUUUAUACGAAAAUGUUUUGCUUGCUUAUACAACAACUGCUACUUUUGCAGAAGUGAACCUUGCAAUUCAUACUGAAUUCAUGAACUCUAUCACUAGAAUUAUUAAGCAAGCUUUAGAGCAAGCCUUAGCAAACGAAGCUUCUGCACUCUCAGUUGAAUCCAUGACGAAUUUGCUUAACUCAACAAAUUAUUUGACAGCUCUUAGAUUAAUGCUAAGAGAUCUCACAAAUCUGAUGUACAAUCACCACUUAAUCAGCAGAUGGCAUGAAGAGAAUGAGUAAUUCUUAUUUAGUCAAGCAUAUAAAAAUGAAGUCUAUCCUGUCACACAUUUAUAUAUAAAAGAUGAAAAUAGACUUAAUUCAGUCAUUGAGUUUUAUUCAGCAGUCAAGCUUGACUUGUUGAGAAAUAGGAAGCAUAUUUGAGAAAAAAUGCAACAAAGGCUUGCGAAGUUUAUCAACGAAGGGAACCAAAUUUUGAGUUUGAAGAUUAAUGAAAUUGGCCAAGCAUUGGGAUGAUUGAACACGUUUAUACAAAUAGGUGAAGAUUUCUCUGGGACACCUAGCUCUGAGCUGAAAAAAGCUAUUGAGAAAAAAUGUGUAGACUAUUUUAAUUUUUUUCAUCAGAAAACUUGGAACAAUUUAUCGUAAAAAAUAUAUAGAAACUUGCUUGAGGCUGAACAAUGAUCAAGACUGCCAAUCCCUAAAGAUUUUGAUAUUUCUCAAGAAAUUUAUAAAUGGAUAAAUGACUCUACAACAAUUCUAAAAGCUUUAUGUGACCAUUUCGACGAAUACAAUUUUACAUUUUCUUCAAUUGCGAGAGGCAAUCCUUUUGAUAUAAGAGAAGAUUUAAACAACGAAGAUGAAGCAGACAAAGAUUAUUUAUUUUCAAAAUCUGAAGAAAGCCAGCUUUCAUCUCCAGGCCUUCAGCUCUCAGAGAAUGCGCCUGUCCUAUGCAUUGCAGCUUUAAAUUUUAUCAAGGCAAUUGGCAGCUAUUUACAAUUGAUGGCCAUUUUGACUCCGAUCUCGUUUGAAGUCUUCUUAGCUUUGAGCCAAAUGGUUGAAUAUUUUUCAUUUUCGAUAUAUGAAAUGUUUUCUAAUGAAGGCUCAAAAGGAUUACUGCAAGCUGAAGUCUCAUGAAGGGGCUUACAAGGAGAAGACUUGGAAUCAAGCUAUGAUACAUUUUUAUUCCAAAAAAAGUAUAAAAAUCUAUCUACUUCAAUGGUGAGAAUUAAAGAUUUUUUGGACUCAAUGAAUUCUGAAGGAAAAUAUAAUAUGUCGCCCCUAAAAAAGCAAAUCACUCAAACCUCAGCUGGGCUUUACAAUAUAGCGGAAACUAUAAUAGCAAUUGAAAGCUUAAAAAAUAUCCUUCAUGCUACCCAUAUUGGAGAAAACUACAUGAAAAAGGUGAUUCCUGAAAGCCAAAUGAACUACGUUUUCAUCUUUUUUGAUAACACCCACAAAAUUAUUGAGGAAUUAGAAAACUUUUUAGCGGAAACUCAGAUUCCAAGACUCAUUAAGCCUGAUUGGCUUAAUGGAAUUGUUACAGGGCUCAAAUGAGAUGAAAAUAAAAAUGAAAGCAAUGCUUUUAUUGACAGAUUAUUGCACAUUGUAGAAGACACGAAGGGAAGAUUAGUUGCCAUUGGUGGAGGGAGCAUCCCUGUAUAUUUGCAAAAUAAGAUACUCACCAAGGCAGUAAAAUAUUUAUAUGACUAUUUGAUUGAUGUGUUCUCUAAGGUAAAAAAGUGCAAUAGUGCAGGGAGAGAACAAAUGCAGAUUGACUUGUUAGCCUUUCAAGAAGGAUUGAAAGAAUUCUUUCCUGAAGCACCAAAUCUUGAUGCCCAGCUAGAGUAUAUCACGAUAUGAAGCCAGUCACCUGAUAAUGUGGUGAAGUGGAUACUAAGCCAUACAGAACUGUCAUUAAGAUUACAUAAAUUGCUUUUUAGCACUAGUCCACAGGUCAUGUCUCUAAAUAAACAGACAAGAGCGCAGCUCCUACUUAGUAUUGAAACUCAUUACAAAGAGACAAUAGAAUAA